CUUACCGUACGGUACAGAAGACUGAAAAACUAGUAGCAAAUUAUUUUCCAUGACCGCAAGCUGCUGAACUGUCCGCUGAAAGGUACGUACGAGUUUUACCGUAAGGUUGCCAGUUCGCUAUGACUUGGUUGUAUUUUUAGGCAAGAGUACGCGUCGUGUACGUAGUGAAAGUACUAAUACCAAACUAAAAUUGAACGUGUCAACUCCGUUUAUUUCUCUUCCUUUUCUUUUUCCGUACAGUCGGUCAGACAGAUCCGUCAGAAAACAUCAAAACUCUUUUUUUCCUUUUUUCUCAAUCGAAGACAAAGCAAGAAUUACAUCUCAAACAUAGAUCAUACGAGCAUCGUGUGUUCCAACCACGGCAGAGAUGAUUCGACUUCGGACCAUUAUCUUCGCAGAAUUUUGGCUACUAGCGGCUACCAUUACACUUGCUAUCGCGGAACAGGGAACCCCGACUUUGGCUUUCGUUGUUCGAGGUGCUACUGGCGGUUGCUCUCUACACGAAGUGUUUUCUCUCGCGGGGGAUGRCAGUGAUGGCUUUGGCAUCUUGRCACCGCUUGAUCCUCCGAUAGAACGGUUCCACUCAGUAAAAGGGGUUCGCUGUCGAGAAGUUGCCAACGAGCUCCCUCUUGUGGGUAGAGUCGUGGUCUUGGAGGCAACUGCAGAUGCCCAAGAAGAGCUCGUCGAUGAGUGCCUAGAACUCGAAGAAGAAAAGACUGAAAACAAGCCAACACGCAUAGCAGAAGGUGAUCCUUACGGGUACGAGUGCAUGGCAGAAAAACUUCGAAGUUCCAACUAUAUUGCUAUUAAUUCGGGACAAUGAUUCUCACAUGAGUGUUCUCUUUUUUCCCAAUUAUUUUUGAUCUCAAAUUAUUUUUAAAAUCAAAAACAUACCAUAUAACAUCUAUGAUAUUUGUUUAAAGUGCUGUGUUGUGGCCAGCCGCGUGGGCGGUUUCGAAUUAUAUAUUGUCGGAAUCAACUUUGCGAAAUAAUCUUCCUUCCUUAUCCAUACUUGAAUUGGGUACGGGAACUGGUCUGGUAUCGAUUUCCAUCGCCAUGGGUGGAGCUAAACGAGUCGUUGCUACUGACUAUGAACCACUGGCCCUGGCACUGACUCGAUACGCCGCUGAUACGAUCAACARCAGCAACUCAAAAAUUAUUGAAACGGAGUUGCUAGAUAUGUGCGCUCUGGAACAAAAAUUGCCGAUAUCUCUUCCGGAAGGAAAUACCAGCAAAAUCGAUAUCGUGGUUGCUGCAGAUAUAAUGUAUGAACCAAAGACAGGAAUCGCUAUGGCGCACCGAGCGGUGGAAGCCUUGCGCCAGAAUUGUAGGGUGAUCAUAGGGGACAGUCCCGGUCGGGUACGUCAAAGUGGUGUCYGUKUUUUAAAUUUAUUUCCUAACCACAGUUGUGGUAGCAGGGAGCGAAGCUAUGAGGACACUUCAUGUCUUUKCGAGCAAUACAAAAUGUGUUCGUGUCUGUUUGUUUUGUCUGACUUUUUGCGAUUACUUGUUUCGCGCUUUUAAUUCCGCUUCCCUCUGUGCUAGCCUGGACGACCCGCGUUUUUGAAAACCUUGCGGGARCUUGGUGUGGACGAGGSGAUCGACUUUCGAGAGACAAUAGGAAAAACUUGCUCCGGGCCGAGACACGAUCUCAUAUGUGGAAAAGGAUCCACKUCUGUAUCUGAACAAGCGCAAGAGUUGUCCGUCGCUCUCCUGGACUUACAGCCUAAUAUGCUAAAGGACUAAGAUCGGCUAGCAUUGGGUGGUGUGCAUCGCAAAGCAGAAUUCUUUUCUGGUGUUGAUUGGAGUAUUAUUGGGAUUUUUAAAAAUYAAUGCCUGAAUUCAAUAUCAAAUCACAAUAUUUAYACACUUUAUAACUCUAUAAUGUUCMUUCGCUGAGUGCCCAUCAGACGAUUUGUUGUGAUGCCGUCGUUUUGUUUCCACUUCAUUUUGCCCWCAUCUUUCAUACUCGUUGCUUUGAAAUUUGGCUUGAGCCAUACAAAUUGCAAGCAGAGAAUUGAUUAAUUUCAAUUUUCACGUUGCCUCUUAAAAGGGUUUUGAAGCGGUCAUGAAUUUGUUUUCUACUGCUGGUCGUUUGCUGCAACAKCUUUUGCGUUGCUCAUUGAUGUUUGGUGGGGAAGUUCCGAUCCAMGAUCCUCAUUUUCGUCGCUGUCGCCAUCAAAAGCAGGACCGCAAAUUAAUUCCUUUGUCAAGCUGCCUUCCGCCCAUUGGAUUCCAAGAGCGUGUUUUGCUACAAAGGCUCCCCGCCGCUCCAAUUGACCAACGAUGCGUUUCGCUUGUUCGAUGUCUCCAUCAAUCUGAUUUUUCCCGACAUUUUUYGUCACCUUCUUCACUAGUUUCGUUCCGUUGCUCACGAGCGUGAUGUUUCCCAUUGUUUGCAGAACAUUGUCGUACGUGUCGGCGGUAUCCCUUGCCACGUCCCCGGCGAUACUUCCGUAUUUAUGGCCAACAAUGUCGGCCGUCACUCCAACGGUUUUCGAACUCACGCUCUUGCUGGUUUCUAGAACGGCGUCUGCAACAAGGGCAACCGCUCCGACGCUUGCCAUUCCAACCUUUCCAGUUGCUCGGAUGAUCUCACGGCUUUCGGGUGAGAUAUGAUCCGUCAUGGUGUUGGUGGUUUCGUCGAAUUUGUUUCCGAUUUSGCACAAGCYAGACAAAGUUCUAUCGAGAGUGGAUUGAGCGACGAGUGUGCUGCCUUGUCGUGCGUACUCGGAUGCCCGUUUCGCCGAACCCGAGAACGCACGGAGCACUACAGCAUCACCAUAGCACGUUAUUUCUUUCCCCGCCUUCCUCGGACUCUGAUUAUUUUGACGUUCGCRUUGUUCGACGUCGCGUUCGCCAUCCAUCCAAACUCUCAUAUUGUUUCCCACACUAUGGAUUUGCUCUUCAAUAGCCUUGUUCGACUUUUUGAUCCCUAUUUCCACUAUUUUGGCCCCUGCAGCAAUGAGAAUCGCAGUGGUGUUUCCUUUGUCYGUUACAGAUCGAAUUCGUUCCCUUUCUAGAUCCAGAUCUCUCAAACAUCUCGCUCUGAUUUCGCACAAAAGUGGCAUUGUUAUGGGUGACAGAUUCUCCGCAAGGUCAUCGUCCCAGGCCGCUCUCCUAGAGGUUAAAAAUUCAAACAURCGCUCCAGGUAUAGCUUCACAGAAUUGUUGGAAUUGCUGUAUUCAUUGGUUUUGAGCAAGCACUGCAUCGCAAGACAUUCUACCGCGGCCAGUUUGAGGUCGCGCGGGUGCCUUCCUGUCGACAAAAAGCUAGAGAUCCGUGACACGUGCUCAUCGUGCAUUGUCAUAUCUCGAUUGGACUCGCUCGAGAGGAGAUACGCCAAACUCCGCAUCAAUUCGCAGGACCAUCGCCUCGAUGCACGUCCCUCCCUGCYGUGGUGUUUUUUACGCA